AGCGAGCUUUUUCCUAAAACAGAACUGCUUGUGCCUUGAUUAAAGAAAAUGAUCUUUAAUAAAUUUAAAUAGAAGCAUUUUCGUCACGAUUUUAGUAGAUCUCGGGACAUAUGAAUGAAUCCUAGAAGAAAAUGAUCUUCCCUGCCGUCCCCUCUGCAGUUUUUCGAAGAAAACGAGGAGACUUGGAACGAGGUCAAAUUAAAGGUAUGCUGGAGAGUGUACAGUUUACACAAUCAGGUGCGCUCUGAUGAACUCUCCUUGUGAUGAAUGUGACGAGAAUUGUACAUCGGUGGCGUCUAAGACCUAUCGUGGCAAAGAAAAUUGCCAGAUUGUGUCACUCAGGGAAAAAACAGGACCUAUUUUUAAUAGGGGUUCCCUUUUCAGGCGGACAGCCUAGGAAGGGUGUUGAAGAAGGACCAGUCCGCUUGAGGAAACAAGGCUUAGUUCGCAAAAUAGAGAAAUUAGGCUACAAAAUAACAGAUUUUGGAGAGAUGACUGUACCACAUAUUGAAAAUCACAACAUUUCAAGAGAGAGGGUGAAAAACUCAGUAGAAUGUGGAACUGUUGCAAAAAAGCUUGCCCAAGAAAUAGCAAAAGCUACGCAAGAAGGGAAGCUUUCUCUUACAAUAGGGGGAGAUCACAGCAUAGCGGUUGGUUCAGUUUUUGGCCAUGCAUCUGUUACAAGAAACCUAGGUUUACUCUGGGUUGAUGCUCACAUGGAUAUUAACAGUCCAGCUACUACUAAAACUGGAAAUAUUCAUGGAAUGCCCCUCUCCAUGUUAAUCGAGGGCAUUCCAGAGUUUCCUUCCCUUCCUGGAUAUGAAUGGUGUUCUCCCUGUUUGUCUCCAAGGGAUAUUGCUUACAUUGGACUCAGAGAUGUUGAACCCCAAGAAAGGGACAUCUGCAAACAUUUGGGGAUUGCUGCAUACACCAUUGAUGAUGUUGACAAAGAUGGAAUUGGAGUUAUAAUUGAAAAAGCUCUGGAAAAAAUCAAUCCAGAUGGCAACCGCCCAAUUCAUGUAAGUUAUGAUAUUGAUUCCUUGGAUCCAAAAGAGACUCCAAGCACAGGAACACCAGUGAGAGGAGGCCUCACACUGGAUGAAGGAAUUUACAUUGCUCAGAUUGUGGCACAGUCAGGAUGCCUGUCCGGUAUUGAUGUAGUGGAAUUCAACCCUGCCAUUGGAACUGAGGAAGAAGUACUGAAAACUGCUCAAAACACUAUGAAACUUAUUCAAAUCUUACUGGGUCUGGAGAGUCACCUGAAAGAGGCUCCUCUGCCCCCGGUUGAUGACAGUGAAGCUUCAAGUGGAUUAUAAACAAGCAAAGGGCAGGGUCAUAUUUUUGGAGGGGAGGGAAAAGAGGGACUAGCUGGGGUAGGUGGGGGGGGUGGUAAGAGGGGAUACCUGAGAUUGUAGUUAUAGUGACAUCUUUUAAUAAUUGCAGAGCAGAUGAGGGAAACAGUUAUGUAAAUUUUCUUAUAUACCUACUGGUUAUGUCCUUUCAUCAUUAGUGUUAGAAUUAAAUUAUAGAGUGUGUUUCCCGCAAGAUGAUGGGUCGUAUGGUUUUGACAUAUUUAAAACACAAAUAUUUAACAAAUUAAAUUAUUUCAUGUGCCAAGUUUAAGCUGUAGAUAUCAUAUUGUAAAUAAAUUGAAAUGGUUAAUAUAUAAAUAAAUGCACUGGGCAGUGUUUUGAAACUGAUCCCAGGUUAAGUGCCUA